UACAAAUACUAUGAGCAUGCAUCUCUAUACGGUGCAACAAACCAAAAAUUACUGAUAAACCACCGCAAACAACUUCUUUAUUGCUAUGAGGUAGUAUUCUUUUCUGUUUAAGAAAAUUAUUAAAUAACUCUGGCUGCGUAUUUUGAUAAGAGAUCAGUUUGUUACGAAUCUACCCAGAGGAAUGAUCAAAAUGGCAAGAGCCGGCUUUCGAAUCGCUCUACUGCAGCUGAAAGUAGGACCUAAUAAAUCCCAGAAUGUGGCCAAUGCGCUCACCCGAAUCAGAUCGGCGGUCAAGGAUGACGGAGCCCGGGUCGUAGCCCUUCCGGAGUGCUUCAACUCGCCGUAUGGAACGCAACACUUUGCCGAGUAUGCCGAGGAAGUCCCAAGUGGUGAAACUAGCCGCAGUUUGUCAGCAAUCGCCAAGGAACUGGGAAUCUAUCUCAUUGGUGGAACCAUUCCAGAGAGAAAUCCCACAGAGAACAAAAUCUACAACACUUGUACGGUAUGGUCGCCUGAGGGCGACCUAAUGGCAACUUACAGGAAAAUCCACCUGUUUGACAUCAACAUCCCCGGUGGAAUAACAUUCCGUGAGUCGGACGUCCUCACAGGAGGUAGUGAUUUGGCCAUUGUUCCCAUCGAUGGUGCCAAAAUCGGAAUCGGCAUUUGCUACGACAUUCGGUUCGAUGAGUUGGCUCGGCUUUACCGGAACAAAGGAUGCGAUAUGCUGAUUUUCCCGGGUGCGUUCAACAUGAAAACGGGACCGUUGCAUUGGGAGCUGCUCGCGCGUGCCAGGGCCAAUGACACUCAGUCGUACGUGGCGACUAUUUCACCGGCUAGAGAUGCGGGAGCGGGUUAUGUUGCAUGGGGGCAUUCGAUGGUGGUGGAUCCGUGGGCGCAAGUGGUUGCAUCGGCCAAGGAAGGCGAAGAAACGGUGCUGGCCGAUUUGGAGUUUGCGAAAGUGGACGAAGUGCGGGCGCAGAUUCCGAUUUUCAGCCAAAGAAGGACGGAUUUGUACGAUACGGAACAGCAGAAAAGUUGAAUGGUUGUUGGUUUGGGAACGUUACUUUGUUACGAUGAAAGAAGAAAGCACGUUCAUGGAUUUUGAUGUAAUAUGCAUUUUGAAUAAAUAUUUGUAAUUGUU